CCGAAUCGAAUCGAAUCCAAUCCAAUCCAAUCCAAUCGUAUUGAAUCCAACCACACCAAACCCGCUGGUUGCCAAGACUUAGAUUUCUAGCAGCAGUACGAUGAACGGCGGAGCGUCGUCGUUCGGCCAACCGAACCGAACCAAUUACCGGCGACAGCAGGUGUCCGAYGACGUGACCAUGACAGACAGUAACGCCGCGGGGGACGAGAGAAGCCGGUACUGGAGGGACGACUUUCGUCCCCUGCGCGACGCCGGAAAGAACGUCUUGCGGAUGCUCCGCCGGGACGAAACGAGCGCCCACGGGGAUCUCUACCGCCGAAUCAUGUCCCAGAACCCGAGGGGCUCCCGCAUUGCGGGCCUCGGGAACCGCUCCGGSAACGGCGCGUCCGAUACCGGGCGAUCGCCGACGAUCCGCGAGGUCGGCGACGCCGAGGCAAACCCGGCCCACCGAUACUUUGCCGGCGACGACGGUUCGAACCCGAUCGCAGGCAGYGAUGCUUCUUCGGGCCCCGAAAGCGUGCAGAUUGCCGGGCCCUUCAAGCACAGCCAAACGAUUCCCCUGCCACCCUAUCUCCAGGAGGUGCGGUCGAAAGCAAAGGUUUCCAUCCUGAUGGGAUUGUUUCCGGAUGCGGAGCUGGCCUGGAUGACCACCGACGACACCGUCUAUCUGUGGACCUACCACCAGAACAGUGCCAACACCAACGGAAUCCGAAGUGCCGGUGGCGGCGAAAACCAGUUCCUGGAGUUUCGGGUGCCGAGCCGCCAGCCGAUUGUCAGUGUUGGCCUGGCUCCUCCGAAAAAAGGUGCGUUGCAAUGCGUGGAUGCGUUUGUUGACUGUGAGCCGGGGUUGUUGGAACGAGCAUUGUCUUUGUUGCGACGCGUGAAYCACGGUGUGUCCAGGCACGAAAUKACUCCGAUGCAGGGCUCUGAUUUGGUGUUUCUUUUGCAAAUUUCCUGCUCUUGAACUGCUAUGAACCGAUUGUCUUGUCACGGCGACUGUCGAUGCCACYAUUCGUCUCCUCGAUCCACCCGACAAUCCUAGGCGUCUUUCGAGAAGUGGUAGAAUGGUGUUUGGUCGUAACAACAAAAGAAGAAGCAAUGAUUUGCGCCAUCGCAAAGGCGAGCGCAACCAUAGAAGACCCGCGCAACGGAACUUCUUCKUCGUCCUCACCGUGGACAGUGGUUCCGACCAAAUUCAUCGUGCCGUCCGAUUGGAUUUCCUUUCUGUGCGUUGCGUCUACCAAAAACGGAAGAAUCUUUUUGGGAGGCCAAGACGGAAACGUCUACGAAUUGGAUUACGAUCUGCUCGUCAAGAGACACCAGCAGCAAUCUCAGGCCCAGCGAUCGGGUGAUGGCACCGGAUCCGUUCAGGAACGGCUCGAUCGUUUCUACGACGGAAGCGACGAWACCGGGUCUUCCUCGACCGAGUGUCCGGGCGUGCUGGUAGACAAGUCGCUGCCCGCCAACACAAGCACCGUAGAACGAGUCUAUCGAAACGGAAAACGAGUCCUCGAAAUCGUCACCGGUAGCGAYACACAGCGGCAGUACCAGCGACAGCCACCCCGGAAAUGCCGCAAGCUCAACCAUUCCCAAAACGGAAUCCUUCGCCACCUGCUUCCCGAUUUCUUGAACAAGGUCGGUACCGCCCUGAUUUCCGGAGCGGGAUUUGAUUCGUUUUCUACAACGGCGGGGGGUGCCAUCACGCAAAUGGUAGUGGACGACGAACGCCAGGUCUUGUACACCCUGUCGAGUCCGAAGGGAUGGAUCUGCGCAAUGGACUUGUCCCMGUCUCCCGCUACCACCGAUGGUGCCACGGGAUCGCCGUCUCCUCCCGYCCCGUCCCUAGCGGCAGUCCUCGAUGCACCCGCGACCGCGCGCUUGUAUCUAGAGGCCGUCAGCAGGGGUCGGAUGAACCCGCCGCACACUUCCGGAUCGAACCAGGGCAUCCUACAUUUUUUGGGAAGUGGCGAGGCCGCCCAAGCCGGAGUUGGUGGAAUGGACGGUGCCAGGCGAGUUCUCAAGCUCGUGGAGCAGGCAAAGCUGCSGUCGAACAACCGAGGUCGUGGCGGCGGUAGCAGUGGCCGAAGGGCCGGUCGUGGCAGUGGCAACGGCAUCAACAUGCUGACACCGGUUUCGAUUCGGGUCGUUCCGAACCGCGAAAGUACCCGCAUCACACUGGUGGCCGUCACCUCGGGCGGAAUGAGAUACUACCUGACGACGCUGAAUCCCAAAACGAUGGGGGUCGGUCCCACCACUGCUUACGAUCGAAAGCCCCGGCACAGCAAUCCGUGGAAGCCGUACAGCCGAUUCACGCUGUGCCACGUCAAGGCGCCACCACCGGUGGUUGCCGAGGACCAUUACUACCAGAACGGGGGAAGCAGAAGCAGCGGUGGUGUCUCUGCCUCUGCAAAUGCGUCGGGACCUUCGUCGACGCCAAAGUUUCCUCCGAGCGGGGCUGCCCCCACGGUAUCUCGUCUGUUGCGAGUCGACGCAUCCUGUUACCUSAACGGCUCGUUUCUCGUGGCCUUUCAACCMAUGGGAUCCAUCGACACSAACAYCGGUGGCGGAGCCGGCUCUGCCCCUACGUUCGAUGCUCGAAACGAUGUCCUGAUCGCAACCACUCCCGAUUCGGCCAAGAGACUGACCGUGAAAUACAUUAGAGAGGAAAACAACACGAUCGAAAGCUCCCGUCAUGCCCCGGGGGGUAUUUGCGAGAUUGUGUCGCGGCAUCUUUCCAAAUCAAAARGAGUUGUCGGAGGUCGUGUUUGGGAUAUCGAGCCGGCGUCUUGCGCCCGGGGUAGGGUUUUGUAUCUCGCACUCCAUUCCAAGACACCAACCGAUGCCGAYCUGGGUGUGGGGAUGGUUCCCGUAUACAUCACAAAGUCGAGCAACACAAGCAGGAACUCGUCUUCGAAGACCACAAAUGGAAMCAUCGUUCCUGCUUCGAGUGGGUCCCUGUCUUCGGCGGGCUUCAAGGUGUUUACGAACAUGCUGCUGGGCAGACCCGCGGAAUACGGCCUCGAGGUUCAGAAACCAUUGGUGAAGKCUCUGCAAAAGAGUCCCUCGUAUCGGAUUUCGAAGCGCAGCGGCAGCGACGGCUUUUCCUUCACGGCAGCAGACAUGUCCCCUCAGUCAAAGUCGAAUUCCAUUUCUCGUUCGGCACGAUUGAGCCCGUGGUUGCUGCGACCCGACGUGGUGCCGCUGGAUCCGCUGGCGCUUCAGCACCUGGAACGACACGAAUCCACGUUCUUGGCGUUGAACAGUGGAGGCAUCCAUUCCUACCAAUCUACCUCUCUCCUGGGAAAGCUGUCCGAACUUAUUCUAGCAGCCGGGAUGAACGUUCGCACGGAUACGAAAGUUACGGCUUUUUUCGAGAGCUAUGGAUACGACGAAGGGUGUGCCAUGUGUCUCAUGCUGGCGAUCCAAAAGGGCGCGAGCCACGAUCUCAGAGAGUGGGCCAUUCGGGCAGCAAUGCAACGGGCCUACCGUGCGCAACUUACCCCKUCCAUCAACAGUUCCCAGUUGAACAUCCAGCAGUCCCAGCCAUCAAACGACGAGUCAUGGGUCCCCAGCGGGUACAGCUUUGAGUCAUCCGCGCUUUGYAGAGGCUUGURCUUGUCCCUAGCCCGACUCCUGAGGCCCAUGUGGUACAAACCAGCCGUUGUUGUGACCGAAGGGAGGGUUGUAAAGCGAGGAUCGGUGUCGRUCACUACGCCCACAAAGGUCGAGUUGCUCUUGGACGAUGACAUCCUUCAAGAAAUCAACCAGCCGCUCAAAGCUUUGGAAGAAGUGGUUGCCACGGUCUUUAGGAAGUCAAUCGAUUCCGUUCCCGUAAAAGGCGUCAAUACYUCGGCAGUGUUAUCCAUCGCAGAAGCCGAAGAAUUGGCCCAGCACAUCGAAGAGCGMAAUAUCCACUCCGUCUACCGGUUACUGACCCGAACCACUCAGCUGCUCAGCCUCUUAUCCUGCCUGCGACGUGCUCACUCCAUGCCUGAUCUACCGGAAGUGGAAUGGGGUCUCCUCCAUGGGAUCACCGUGUCUCAGCUCGUGGAAACAAGCCACGGACAAGAACGUAUAGAGAAUCUGUUGAACAAACUGGUGACGUCUGGGUUGGAAAACAUGGCGAUGGCGUCCGCGGAUGCCAACCAUCUCGCCAACAUGCUCUCGCAGCAAUGCUAUCACUAUUUUUCACCYGGCAAUCGAUACUCGUACCUGGGCUUUCAAAUGGCAAAAGAAGCGCUCGCACUGCCUCCCGGUCAGGCGAGACGCGCCGUACGUGCGAACGAGGCCGCUUUGCACCUCAAGGAAGCCGCGAAGAAUUGGUUCAGCCCAUCUCUGAUCACCGGUCGUGUUCUUCAAACGAGAGAGUCGGAAGGAUAUCUAGAGAUUGCCGAACGUGCCAUCAAAUACAACAGYCCUCUGGCCAGAGCAGCGUCGCUGCUGGUAGACCUCGAAGAUGUUGAGGGGCUGGUCGCCGUUUGUUUGAUCACGGCAACAAAUUUUAGAGUCAAAGGCGGCAACAAUGGCGGGUACGAAGCAAGUGAUGCAGGGGGAUUCUAUUCGUGGGAGAAUGGCUUAUAUCACAAAAAGCCCGAAGCACCAGCUGGAAGUGGUCCGAACGGUUCUUCUGGGAAAGCGAUGGUACUCGGGACGAACGUCACGUCACCGGACGCMAUCGAUACAUGCUACUCGCUUAUCUUUUACUAUUUGUCGAAAUUUCUCCAAUCCUUCRACGAAAGGGAGAAGUUCUUGGGAGACAAAAUGGUAUCGGUUUGUUCUUUUAUAGAUUCCGACAAGGCUUUUCUAAACGCAUUUUUCGAUCACAUGCUCAACAACAAUCACAAGGAUGUGCUUUUGCGCGUCACCAGUCCYGACCUUGARAAAUGGCUAACACUCCAACAACACGACCACCCCGACCUUCUAAUGAAUUACUAUCAAAUCCAAGAAAAAGGAUUUGAAGCUGGACAAGUUGCCAUGAGUCGUGCGAAGGAAGGAAAUCAGACCAUGACACUUCAAAAUCGCACGGAAUAUCUGGAAAUUGCUWUUGUUGCGUUUUCCGGUGCACUGCAGCGCAAUCCGAUGAAUUACAGUGAAAUCGAACGCAGGCAGAAGGAGGCCGAAGAACUCUUGAGUAUUGCAAAACUGCAAUCCCGUAUUCUUAAAUCCAUUGAUUCCACCAUUUAUGAAAUCGAUGAACAGGAUACGAAAGAACUUGAAUACUCUCUCUUAUCUGCCAGCGAUCUCUAUAACAGAUUUGCAAACGCAUACGAUAUGCACGAGAUUUGCUUGCUGUUAAUACAUGCCUGCCAGUUUCCAAAUCCCGAUGUUAUCAAAGAGUCUUGGAAAAGAUUGUUGUGUUCCGAGAUUUUCCCUUGCUCCACGCGAAAUAACGACGUUUUCCAGAGCUUGGAGAUUUUCCGUGAAGGAUUCGUCACUGAGAUGCAAGGACUAGCUUUGCUCGACACCGAGAGCUCAGGAGAGCAUCCAGUAUUUGAGAAUGGAUCAUGGAUAAGCAACGUAGAAGAAAUAGUUGUACGUCUGGGAAGACAAAUCGUAGGCAAUGGUGCCGAUUUUGUUUUYCCAGUUGAGUUCCUGGGUGGGUGUCUAGAAGGUAAGCCUUGUAAACCAAGUCGAUGAAAAGUAGCUAAUUCUCUUUUCUGUUUCAAGAACGWKAUCGGCAACUAAUUUGUGAAUCUAAUAUUGAUCUUCCUGUGGUUUGACUUUUAUCAGAGCUUCGUCGUAUCAACGAAUUGGCAACUGUGACAAACGAAAGCACCCCAAAUCAAGAGUGGACCUUUUCUGUUCUGAUAAGCGUCGGGGUACCCUUCCGCGUGGCUUUUGACACGCUCUAUAAAAUUAUCGAAAACGA